UAGGGUGGGUCAUAUGACCCGAUGUGGGAGGAGCUGCGCCUGUCAAUCAAUACCGCAGCCGUUUGGGAAGUUUAUUAUGGCGGAUGCAUGAUGGACGCGGAUCUAGUGCUGGCUAUCCAGCUGCAGGAGCAGUAUAACCGGGAGGAGGCCGGGGAGAGGCGCCGGGAUCCGGCCUCCAGGCCGCCCGCCACCAGCAGCGCCCAGCCCCCGCUCACGGCAGUGGUGGACCCGUCCUGGGAGCUGCUGGACCCCAGCCCCAAUAUCCACGAGCUCUUCCUACAGUUCAAUGAGAUGUUCUUCUGGGGGAAGCUGGUCGGGGUGGAGGUGAAGUGGAGCCACAGGAUGACGCUAUGCGCCGGAGUCUGUUCUUAUGAAGGGCGAGGAGGCUUGUGCUCUAUACGUCUCAGUAAACCUCUCCUGAUACUCAGACCAAGGAAAGACCUUGUGGAGACGCUCCUCCAUGAGAUGAUUCACGCCCUUCUGUUUGUUACUGACAACAAUAAAGACCACGAUGGUCACGGGCCUGAGUUCCACAAACACAUGAACCGUAUAAAUGGUCUCACGGGUUCUAAGAUAUCGGUUUAUCACAGUUUUCACGAUGAGGUAGAGGAAUACAGAAAACAUUGGUGGCGCUGUAAUGGACCCUGUCAGAAUAGACCACCUUAUUAUGGUUAUGUUAAGCGUGCAAUGAACAGAGCUCCAUCCAGACUAGAUCCAUGGUGGGCCGACCAUCAGAGGUCUUGUGGAGGAACUUAUAUAAAAGUGAAGGAGCCAGAGAAGAAAACUGGAAAAGGCAAGAAGAAGGAAGACACCUCUGAAGUGCAGCCUAGUAAUAGCCCCGAAGUAAAAGGAAAAGCACAGGGACCAGACAUACGUUCAUUUUUCCCAUUCAGUGGCACCGGUUACAGACUCGGUGCGCCCAGCCAGACCUCCAUCUUGGUGAAUGUCCAUAGCGUUCCUCCGUCUUCCAGUAAAGCCUUAUCCAGCUCUCCUGUAAAGCCAGUUCAGACCACCAGUGCCUUGUCCUCUCUUACCAACAAGAGCAUGAACCCAAGGCCCAACCUACCCAAAGUGUCUGUGGCAAACACCAAAGCAUUCAAAAAAAUCAAUGGAUCCCCAGUAAGAAUCCCUGUGAAAGACUGGAAUGCUUCCAAACCAUCAGGGUCAAAGCUUGGCACUCUUGAUGGCUUUACCCAGAAGAGGCUUUCAUUUGCACUUCCCACCUCAUCUCAGGGUGCCCCAUCUACCUCUCAGGGAUCAAGCCCUGAUCAGAGUCAAGACCGACCUCCAAAAAGACCUCGCCUGGACACCAAAACCUUGAAUGACAAUUUCUCAGGUGGAAACUCCUUUAAGGAAGAACCAGUCAUAGUUCUAGAUGGUGGUCCAUCAUCUAACCCCACAGCCAGCAACAGCAGUCAGAGUAAGAUGGUGAACUGCCCGGUAUGUGGAGCAAAGGUUUUAGAAACCAAGAUCAAUGAACAUCUGGACAACUGCUUAAAUAGCUAAUACAGAGGAGCACUGUUGCCACCUAUCACAAGGGUGUCCUGUGUCUUAUUCCACAUUCCUUGACUAUCUUGUGGAUGUUCAAGUAAUUCCCACACUACUGCUGCUGAAUAUCAUGAUGUGGUCUAUACCACGGGCCACUGAGGAAGUGGUGGACUUGACAAGUCAGACAGACUUUAAUAGCCACUUUUUAUUUUGGUCAUCUUUGAUGCCUUUUUUAUUAAUCAUAAGUCCUUGAGUCAUCGUCCUCUCUGCUGAUUAGUAGUAGUAUAUGGUACUGGACAGCUGGGUGACAACCAGUAUGGCUGCCAUAAAGCUUCCUUAACGAGCCUGAGCAGGAUUAGAGAAACAUGGCUAUUUUCUUUGAGAAAUAGCGCCACACUUGUCCACAGGUUGUGUGUGGUAUUGAGGUGAAUGGGAUUGAGCUGUAAUGCCUGUGGAUAGGUGUGACAUCUAGAACCCCAGCUUAGUGGGCACCCACUUAGCUGUUCCCAUAGUGUUGUAUAAAGUGCAUUGCACAUACACUGGUACACACUGGUGUGGAGGCACUGGGGUGUCCCUGUGGUUUAACCUCUACCAAUGUAAUAGCAUUUAUCCUGUGAAUAGGUGAUGCAUGUUUAUGGUUGGAGUACCCCUUUAACAAAUUUGAUGGCUCAGGAAAUUAAGUGAGUUGCAGUUGCUCAAUCAAUUUGCACUUUGUAUUCUAUGGAAUGACAGAUCUGUUGAAACUACUCCAUCAUGGCUGCCUUAUUGGUUAUCGACCAGCUUUCCUAGAACUGAGGACAAUUUAAGUACUUAUAUUUUCAGGUGAUUUUAUUAAUGCUUGGUCAGUGGGCACUAUGUUAUUCAGUGACAUUUUAAUUGUCCUGCGCAUCGAUGUUGGGUGCAGGAUUUUCUCGCUUGAUACCUACCGCAUGCAGCUGUUCACUUGCUUGUUUUUUAUUCCCUUUGAAACAGUGCCACCAUCGUGUCCAUAGGCGGUGACUAGUUUUGCAGCUCAGUGCCACUCAUAUUAUUUAUUUAUUU